AUGUCGCGUGCCGAGAAGAUCGAGAAUCCCAAUGAGAGCCUUGUUGUUCCGAAAUGGUUAAACGAGUCUAAAUUAAAGCCUUUACUGGCUAAGGAUGAGCCCGAGUAUGCCAGGAUUCUCAAGUUUACUCCAGUGGCUGCCGUUCCCCCAGGUGGUAAUUUCACCUCUGUCAUGCUGAGAGUUUACUUGGAUCUGGAAAUGAAGGAUGGAACUCAUAAAAGAAAAUCAUAUGUGUUGAAGACCGCUUUGGAUUUUGACAAGGGCGGCAAGGGAAUGAAUGAGUUCCGGUAUUUCCACAAGGAACAGCAGAUGUACUCAACUUAUUUGCCCAAGUUCGAGGAACUCUAUCGGGAGGCCGGUCAUCCCGUCCAGCUGAAUCCAAAGUGCCUGGAAAUCGGAGAGGAGGAAGGCAAUCUCUACUUUAUCUUCGAGGAUCUGUCAACGCAGGGCUACCAGGGUGUGGAUCGUACGAAAGGCAUUGAUAUGGAGCACAUGCGACUGUCCCUUAGGAAACUGGCUGAACUCCAUGCCGCCAGUGUGGUCUACAAGGAUCGUAACGGCCCAUAUUCCGUGGACUUUGAGCAUGGAUUUGCCAAGAAGGACAACAUUAAGCACAGCAUGCGAGGCUUCAGUGUCAAGGCUCCAGAUUUCAAGGCAGCAAUGAGGACUUGGGGCAUGGAUGAGAGAUAUCUCAAGAAUUUCCCAACUGCCGAGCAGUAUGCCCAACUUUGUUUAGAAUCUCUUAACGUUGAUCCCAAGGACUUUAAUGUCCUGACACAUGGUGACUUUUCAGCCUCAAAUAUCCUUUACAAAUACGGCGAAAGAGGUGAUCUACAGGAAGCCUGUCUUCUGGACUUUCAGAUCUGCAAAUGGGGAAGUCCUGCCCAGGAUCUGCUGAUGAUGAGUACCAUCUCAGCAGAGAAGGGAUUGCGCAUCAAGGAGUUUGACAACAUUGUGAGGAUAUACUGGCAAUAUCUUAUCGAGUGCUUGGAUAUACUUAAGUAUGAGCAGCCGUAUCCACAACUGAGGGAUCUGCAGUCCUCUCUGUACAAGAAGAAUAACACGCUUUAUGCCUUCUUUUGCGUGAUGAAUCACCUAACCUCCCACUUACUGCCCACCAGCAGGGAGAGCAACCUGCAUACCAUCAUGUCCAAUGACGAGGUGGGUCGUAGUCUCCGUACCCGGAUGUACACCAAUCCCGCAUACGUGGAGGUCAUCAGGGAGCUCUAUCCCUUCUACUGCAACCGCGGCCUCUUCAACUUCGAAGACUACGAUGUCUAGCAAGCAAUGGCUAUCGUCGCCAGUUCAUUCAUCUCCAAGUGCAGCUCGCACUCGAGGCGAUUAAAUAAAUUGUGUGCGAAUAUUGAUUCUGGUUUUUUCGAGUUCUCCACGGCGAAUGUCGCACUGCAAUUGAAAGCGGAAGGCCUUGGAAUAGUUUUUUGAGCUGGUCUUUGAGUUAGAGGUUCUA